AUGCCGCAGCUGGACUCCGGCGGGGGCGGCGCGGGCGGCGGCGACGACCUAGGAGCGCCCGACGAGCUGCUGGCCUUCCAGGACGAGGGCGAGGAGCAGGACAAGAGUCGCGACAGCGCCGCGGGCCCUGAGCGCGACCUGGCAGAACUCAAGUCGUCGCUCGUGAAUGAGUCCGAGGGCGCGGCCGAAGGCUCUGGGAUCCCGGGUACCGGCGCCGGRGCACGCAGCGAGGCCGAGGUCGGGGCCGAGGCUCUGGGACGGGAGCACACUUCGCAGAGACUUUUCCCGGACAAACUUCCAGAGUCUCUGGAGGACGGCCUGAAGGCCCCAGAGUGCUCCAGCGGCAUGUACAAAGAGACUGUCUACUCCGCCUUCAAUCUGCUCAUGCACUACCCACCCGCCUCAGGAGCAGGGCAGCAUCCCCAGCCGCAGCCUCCACUGCACAACAAGGCCAAUCAGCCAACCCACAGUGUCCCCCAACUGUCUCCUCUCUACGAACAUUUCAGCAGCCCACACCCCACACCUGCACCUUCGGACAUCAACCAGAAACAAGGAGUUCACAGGCCUCUGCAGACCCCUGACCUCUCUGGCUUCUACUCUCUGACCUCAAGCAGCAUGGGACAGCUCCCUCAUACUGUGAGCUGGCCCAGCCCUCCUCUCUACCCCCUGUCCCCUUCCUGCGGAUAUAGACAGCACUUCCCUGCCCCCACUGCAGCCCCUGGCACCCCCUACCCCAGGUUUACCCACCCAUCCUUGAUGCUGGGCUCUGGUGUCCCUGGUCACCCAGCAGCCAUUCCCCACCCGGCCAUUGUGCCCACCUCAGGGAAGCAGGAGCUGCAGCCCUAUGACCGCAGCUUGAAGACACAAGCAGAAUCCAAGGCAGAGAAGGAGGCUAAGAAGCCAACCAUUAAGAAGCCCCUCAACGCGUUCAUGCUGUACAUGAAGGAGAUGAGAGCCAAGGUCAUUGCAGAGUGCACACUCAAGGAGAGCGCCGCCAUUAACCAGAUUCUAGGUCGCAGGUGGCAUGCACUGUCAAGGGAAGAACAGGCCAAGUAUUAUGAAUUGGCCCGUAAAGAGAGGCAGCUGCACAUGCAACUAUACCCAGGCUGGUCAGCGCGGGACAACUACGGGAAAAAGAAGAGGCGGUCAAGGGAAAAGCAUCAAGAAUCUACCACAGGAGGAAAAAGAAAUGCAUUCGGUACUUACCCGGAGAAGGCCGCUGCCCCAGCCCCGUUCCUUCCGAUGACAGUGCUCUAG